CGCCUCCCCGCCCGUCUGCCCGCCCCACUUCUCAUUCACUUGGCUCGCACGGCGCAGACCGCGCAGGGAGCACACCCCGCCAGUCUGUGCGCAGAGCAGAAGCCAGAGGCCGCGGGGACACCGGGCCGUGCACGCCCCCAACUGAAGCUGCAUCUCUAAGCCGUAGCUUCAGCGGCCCAGGGGAUUUCAGGGACCGCAGACUCAGGGGAACCUCUGCGGAGAGACGCUCCGAAGCCCGCUCUUGGACAGUCCUCACCCCGACGCUCAGCUAGUGCCGAUAGGAGCGCGCAGUGGCCCCAGCUCGCCGCACCAUGGAGCGGAUCCCCAGCGCGCAACCACCCCCGGCCUGCCUGCCCAAAGCGCCAGGACUGGAGCACGGAGACCUACCAGGGAUGGAUUUCGCCCAUAUGUACCAAGUGUACAAGUCGAGGCGGGGAAUAAAGCGGAGCGAGGACAGCAAGGAGACCUACAAAUUGCCGCACAGGCUCAUCGAGAAAAAGAGACGUGACCGGAUUAACGAGUGCAUCGCCCAGCUGAAGGAUCUCCUACCCGAACAUCUCAAACUUACAACUUUGGGUCACUUGGAAAAAGCAGUGGUUCUUGAACUUACCUUGAAGCAUGUGAAAGCACUAACAAACCUAAUUGAUCAGCAGCAGCAGAAAAUCAUUGCCCUGCAGAGCGGAUUACAAGCUGGUGAGCUGUCAGGGAGAAGUGUCGAAGCAGGUCAAGAGAUGUUCUGCUCAGGUUUCCAGACAUGUGCUCGGGAGGUGCUGCAGUAUCUGGCCAAGCACGAGAACACUCGCGACCUGAAGUCUUCACAGCUUGUCACCCACCUCCACCGUGUGGUCUCUGAGCUGCUGCAGGGUGGUACCUCCAGGAAGCCGUCAGACCCAGCUCCCAAAGUGAUGGACUUCAAGGAGAAACCCAACUCCUUGGCCAAAGGCUCGGAUGGCCCUGGAAAAAACUGUGUGCCAGUCAUCCAGCGGACUUUCGCUCACUCGAGUGGGGAGCAGAGCGGCAGUGACACGGACACAGACAGUGGCUAUGGAGGAGAAUCAGAGAAGGGAGACUUGCGCAGCGAGCAGCUGUACUUCAAAAGCGAUCACGGACGCAGGUUCACCAUGGGAGAAAGGGUCGGCACCAUUAAGCAAGAAUCCGAAGAACCCCCAACAAAAAAGAACCGAAUGCAGCUCUCAGAUGAUGAAGGCCAUUUCACUAGCAGUGACCUGAUCAGCUCCCCAUACCUGGGUCCACACCCACACCAGCCUCCUUUUUGCCUGCCCUUCUACCUGAUCCCACCAUCAGCGACUGCCUACCUGCCCAUGCUGGAGAAGUGCUGGUAUCCCACCUCUGUGCCAGUGCUAUACCCGGGCCUCAAUGCCUCCGCUGCAGCCCUCACCAGCUUCAUGAACCCAGACAAGAUCUCGACUCCCUUGCUCAUGCCCCAGAGACUCCCUUCUCCCUUGCCAGCCCAUCCUUCUGUCGACUCUUCUGUCUUGCUCCAAGCUCUGAAGCAGAUCCCCCCUUUAAACUUAGAAACCAAAGACUAAACUCUUUAGGGGAAUCCUACUGCUUUGCUCUCCUUCCUCCCUGCUUCCCAAAAAACAACAAAAAAAUGUUUUUGUGAGUGCAGCGUGAUUGUUCCGUUGUGUAUAAUGAGAUAAUCAAUCUGAGGCAUGGGAAGAAGAUUCAGGGUGUGUGUGUGUACACGUGUGUGUGCGUGUGCACGUGUGCCUGCGUGUUGGUAUAGCACAUUAAAGCUUUUUUUGGCACAGGGAAGUCUUGAAGGAUUGCUUGACAUGGGGGGCGGGGGCGUCUGUAGCAGGCUUCUGGACUUUUCCCCACCCAGAGAAUAGCCCCCUUUGAUACAAAUCAGCUGGAUUUUCACAAGCUUCAAAGUCUUGGUCUGUGAGUCAGUUUGGGAGCUGGGUCUGUGGCUUUGAGCAAAAGGUACUUUCAAAAGAGGGCUUUCCAGAGCACAGCUCCCAGCCAGCUGUUGGUACCCCACCCUUUUCCCUUUAUUGUGGACAUGACUCACCAGACGCCAGGGAGAGAGCAGUCAGACUGAGCUUUCUGCUAACGCGGUGAGGUAGCAGACACUGGUAUAGCACGGUAGUGGUUUGGGGAGAUUUCCGCAGGUCUGCUCCCCACCCCUGCCUCGGAUGAAUAAAGAGAAUGUAGUUCCCUUCUCAGGCUUUCGUAGUGAUUAGCUUACUAAGGAACUGAAAAUGGCCACCUUUACAAGCUGAGCUUCUAGGGAGGGAGGACUUCCCUGGGCCUCUGGCACCUGUUUCUAGGUCUCACCAUUCGUACUUGCUGUCCAGGGAACCAAACCAGAGUCUGAGAGAUGCAGACGCCCUGAGCACCCCAAAGUUCACAAAGCUGAGAAACAAACUGCUACCUUGGGGCACAGCUAGACUCAGUUUUAAAUCCUACAACUCCUUUUAACAAAGCUUAGCUUCUCAGAGGCCUAACCAAUCCUUGGCACUGCAAGAUCCUUUCUGUAGGCUAAUUCCUCUUGCCCAAUGGCAUAUGGAGUGUCCUUAUUGCUAAAAAGGAUUCUGUCUCCCUAGAAGAAGUUUUAUUUUUUGGUCCAGAGUACUUGUUUUCCCUGACUCGUCCGGCUAGCCCUGCACCGGCUUCUCACAAUGCACUAUGCCUGAUCGCUGAUCGUGUUUAACUUUUUCUUUUCCUGUUUUUAUUUUGUUAUAAAGUCAUUGCCUUUAUUUGUAAAGCUGUUAUAAAUAUAUAUAAUAUAAAUAUAUUAAAAAGGAAAAUGUUUCAGAUGUUUAUUUGUAUAAUUACUUGAUCUACAAAGUGAGAAAAAUGAAUGUAUUCCUGUUUUUGAAGAGAAGAAUAAUUUUUUCUCAAGGGAGAGGUACAGUGUUUAUAUUUUGGAGCCUUCCUGAAGGUGUGAAAUUGUAAAUAUUUUUAUCUAUGAGUAAAUGUUAAGUAGUUGUUUUAAAAUACUUAAUAAAAUAAUCCUUUUCCUGUGGAAGAGAAA